UAUAGUACGCGAAAUUAUUUAUUUAAAUUUAUCUUCGUGUGUUGCGUGUUCAAAGGUUAUUUUAUACUUGAAAAUGGAUGCAGAUUACGAGAAAAAAGUAGCGGAAGUAAAAGAGAAGAUAAAAAGCUAUCCUGAUUUUCCUAAACAAGGAAUUUUGUUUUGGGAUAUAUUCUCAGCGUUAACCAAUGGUCCAACAUGCAAGCUGCUUCAUAGCCUACUCGUUAAAGUACUGCGCAGCAAGUAUCCUGAUGUGGAAGCUGUUAUAGGACUGGAAGCCCGAGGGUUCCUCUUUUCAUUUUCAUUGGCUGCUGAACUUGGCAUUGGAUGUAUUCCAGUUAGGAAGAAGGGAAAACUGCCUGGAGAUGUUGCAUCUUAUAAUUAUGAUUUGGAAUAUGGAUCGGAUGUAAUGGAAAUCCAAAAGAACGCUAUCCCCUCAGGCCUCAAAUGUGUGAUCGUAGACGACUUGCUCGCCACAGGGGGCUCCAUCAAUGCAGCGACUCGGCUCCUACAGACAUGUGGUGCUGAUGUCAUCGGAUGUUUGAUUGUCAUUGAACUAGAGCCUUUGAAAGGACGAGAAAAUAUUCUUAAAGGAAAGGACCGCGAUCACGAUCGAUUUGAACUAUCUUCAAAUACAAUGUGUACCUACAAUAAUGAAACGUGUAAGUAGUUUUUUUUUGGCAAAUCUGUUAUCAAGGCUUAUAAUUAGUUAGGUCACAAACAAAUAUCGAAAUCAUUAUCAAAGAAAAUAAAUAUCUUGAUAAUGUACAUACCUUGAUAAUUUUAUUAUCUUAUAUUUUAUGAAAUUAAUUGGAACACUAAAAUGUUACCGCUAGCAAUGUCGUGCCAUAUUAUGCUUGUAUCUCAAUGUAAGUCACAAAUGCGUUUUUUUUAUUUUAUUUAGUUUUUUAGUUUAUUUAUUUACUUGUAGUUAAUUAGUUUUCUCACUGUUUGUCAUUAUCACUGAAAAGAUAGAUUAAGGAGGCAGAACUAUGAAUCAGCACGGAUAAUUAUGA